GCAACAUGUCUCUGAGCAGCGCCUUCAGGGCUGUGGGUAACGACCCUGGGAUCAUCACCUGGAGAAUUGAGAAAAUGGAGCUGGUCCUCGUGCCCCUGAGCGCCCAUGGCAACUUCUAUGAGGGGGACUGCUACAUCGUCCUCUCGACCCGGAGAGUGGGAAGCCUCCUCUCCCAGGACAUCCACUACUGGAUCGGGAAGGACUCCUCCCAGGAUGAGCAGAGCUGUGCAGCCAUCUACACCACCCAGCUGGAUAACUACCUGGGAGGCAGCCCUGUGCAGCACCGCGAGGUCCAGCACCACGAGUCCGACACCUUCUGUGGCUACUUCAAGGAGGGCAUCAUCUACAAGAAGGGGGGCGUGGCCUCUGGGAUGAAACACGUGGACACAAACACCUACAAUGUGAAGCGGCUGCUGCAUGUGAAGGGGAAGAGGAACAUCAGGGCCACUGAGGUGGAAAUGAGCUGGGACAGUUUUAACCGAGGUGAUGUCUUCCUGCUGGACCUUGGAAAGGUCAUCAUUCAGUGGAAUGGCCCAGAGAGCAACAGUGGAGAGCGCCUGAAGGCUAUGCUUCUGGCAAAGGAUAUUCGGGACAGGGAGCGAGGGGGCCGUGCUGAAAUAGGUGUGAUUGAGGGAGACAAGGAGGCAGCCAGCCCAGAGCUGAUGAACGUCCUUCAGGACACCCUAGGCCAACGCUCCAUCAUCAAGCCUGCGAUCCCUGAUGAGGUCACAGAUCAGCAACAGAAAUCAAACAUCAUAUUGUAUCAUGUCUCAGACUCAGCUGGGCAGCUGGCAGUCACAGAGGUGGCAACGAGGCCCCUGGUCCAGGACUUACUGAACCACGAGGACUGCUACAUCCUGGACCAAAGUGGAACCAAGAUCUACGUGUGGAAAGGAAAAGGAGCCACAAAGGUUGAGAAACAGACAGCCUUGUCUAAGGCUCUGAGCUUCAUCAAGAUGAAAGACUACCCCAGCAGCACCAACGUGGAGACAGUCAAUGAUGGUGCCGAGUCGGCCAUGUUCAAGCAGCUGUUCCAGAGGUGGUCAGUGAAGGACCAGACCACAGGUCUGGGGAAAACAUUCAGCACUGGCAAAGUUGCAGCUAAAGUUUUCCGGGAUAAGUUUGAUGUGACUCUGCUGCACACCAAGCCAGAAGUAGCUGCCCAGGAAAGAAUGGUCGAUGAUGGCAAUGGAAAAACUGAGGUCUGGAGAAUUGAAAACCUGGAGCUGGUUCCGGUGGAGCAUCAGUGGUAUGGUUUCUUUUAUGGUGGAGACUGCUAUCUGGUCCUCUACACAUACAAGGUGAAUGGGAAGCCGCAUUACAUCUUGUACAUCUGGCAGGGCCGCCAUGCCUCACAGGAUGAGCUGGCAGCCUCGGCAUACCAGGCAGUGGAGGUGGAUCGGCAGUUUGAUGGUGCCCCUGUGCAGGUUCGGGUCACCAUGGGGAAGGAGCCACGCCACUUCAUGGCUAUCUUCAAAGGGAAGCUGGUUGUCUUUGAGGGUGGGACUUCCAGGAAGGGAAAUGCUGAACCCGACCCUCCAGUAAGGCUCUUCCAGAUUCAAGGAAAUGACAAAUCUAACACCAAAGCAGUGGAGGUUCCAGCCUUCGCCUCUUCCCUCAACUCCAACGAUGUCUUUCUGCUGCGGACCCAGACGGAGCACUACCUGUGGUAUGGCAAGGGGUCUAGUGGGGAUGAGCGGGCAAUGGCUAAGGAGCUGGCUGGGCUUCUCUGUGACGGCACUGAGGAUACUGUGGCUGAGGGUCAGGAGCCAGUCAAGUUCUGGGACCUGCUAGGAGGGAAAACUCCUUAUGCCAAUGAUAAAAGACUUCAGCAGGAAAUUCUAGAUGUCCAGUCCCGUCUCUUUGAAUGUUCCAAUAAGACUGGCAGGUUCAUUGUCACUGAGAUCACAGACUUCACCCAAGAUGACCUGAACCCAGGCGAUGUGAUGCUCCUGGAUACCUGGGACCAGGUGUUCUUGUGGAUUGGAGCUGAGGCUAAUGCCACAGAGAAGGAGAGAGCCCUCACUACAGCCCAGGAGUACCUGUGCACUCACCCCAGUGGCCGAGACACCAACACACCAAUCCUGAUCAUUAAGCAGGGGUUUGAGCCUCCCAUCUUCACAGGCUGGUUCUUAGCCUGGGACCCUCACAUGUGGAGCGCAGGAAAAUCAUAUGAACAGUUAAAAGAAGAGCUGGGAGAUGCUGCUGCUCUUGUGAGAAUCACUGCUGAUAUGAAGAAUGCGACCCUCUCCCUGAAUUCUGAUGACAGUGAACCAAAAUAUUAUCCUAUAGAAGUACUUUUGAAAAAUCAGAGUCAGGAUCUGCCUGACGAUGUGAACCCUGCCAAGAAGGAGAAUUACCUCACUGAACAUGACUUUGUUUCUGUGUUUGGCAUCACAAGAGGGCAAUUUGCUGCUCUGCCUGGCUGGAAACAGCUCCAACUCAAGAAAGACAAGGGUCUUUUCUAAGGCAUAAAUGCAUGUAUGUACUGCAAGACCACAGAAGAGAGCAGAUGGUGCCAAUAUCAAGAAAAGGCUUUUUCUGCCUAGCAUUCAGCCACUUAAUUUAGAUAUGAUAGGGUCUGCAAAUCACAGCAUGUUCUUCACUUUUCUCAUCUUGCAUUCCUUAGUUGUUAGAGACCUAAAAUGUUAACCACCCACUUUUUGUUUUUUUGUAGCCUUCUGGCUAAAAAUCUCAGCAGAAAGCAUUAAAACUGCAUGCAUCUGGAAAAGUUAAGAGAGAACAAAACAACUAAGCUUAAAAUAUUUAAUUUUUGGUGCCAGGACCUAUGGUUGUUUUAAAUUUUAAGAUCAAUAAUUCCAAAACCUAUUUAACCCAUAAGUCAUUGAAGUCAUUCACACAUACACCCCAAGGUCAAAAUCCAAAAGCCUAGAUCUAUAUGUGCCAGAGCAUUUAUAACUUUUCAAAUAAAGAUAGCUGUAUGAGCAAAUGGAGUUCUUUUCAGUAUGUGGGGUUUGUAUGUUAUAGUAACUGUUUUAUGUUGGAAGAAAUGUUUCAGUACUGGGAAAGUAAAGAGGCAAUAUUGAGUGAGUUCUCUGGAUAAAUAGGCAACUGUAAUUCCUCCUUCUGGCACAAGAAUGUCAAACUCUGCCUUACAGCUG